AUGGGGCCAGACACCGCUAUCCUGACAGACGGCAACGUGACUGUCGACGUCCAUAGCAGAUCAAAGAAAGAGCCAGAUUGGGGAUGGGGCCCAAGGAAGCCCCCUCCUGGCACCUUGAAGAGACCCACAGUGGUCCUAGAAGUGGCUGUCACAGACACCCAUGCGAAAUUGCUCCGCGAUGUGGAUUUAUGGCUUGAUCCUUUGCGAGGCAAUACCACCAUUGUCAUCGCAGUGAAACUGACGUCGGGUCUGAGAGGACAAAGGGUUGUUAUAAAGAAAUUCGAGCGGGGUGAAAUCGAUGGGAAGCCUGUGUGCUCUCAGCGUAUUCAGUGUCACAGAUAUCCAAUGCCCUAUCAAUCCGAUGUUCAUGUGAGAGGACCUCCAUUGACUAUCCCGUUCGACGUUCUAUUCCUGCGCGAUCCAGUAAAUGCCGAGGAAACUGAUUCGACUUUGGGACGGCAAGAGCUUCAGGAAAUUGCUGAAUGGGCAUGGGAUGUCGGGGAGUGA